AUGAAUUAAGAAUCACCAAAUGAAACUCAGUUAACAAUCAAAGAGCAAACAAUCAAAACUAUUGGUAGCAAUUUCCAAAAAAUCAAAACAUCAAUAAUUAAUGAAUUUCCUAAAAUUCCAAAGGGCAGCACAGUACUGAUAUUUAUCGGGUAAUUUGAAAACAAAUUUGAUUCUUUCUAUAGCCAUUUAGAAAACAAAUCAGUCAUCUUAGAUACAUAACACUUGAGAAUAGUUUAAAUUGUAGGUAAUGCGUAAAAAAACAAAAUUGCCUAUUUAUUACAUUUUCCUUUGAUGUUAUUAUAUGAUGAAAAAAAUGAUGAAAUAGUUUAAAAUUUUUGUAUUUCAAAAAUUAAUGCUGAAAAGGCAUUAUAAAAAAUUAAAUAAUGUGAUUUCCAGGUAAUUUUAGAUAUAUAAUAACUAAGAGGUGAUGAUGAUAACGCAAAGUUGAAAACUGUUGUUUUAGAUUCAAUUUUAUACUUUGGAACUAAGUAUUUCACAGAAGAUUACUUUUUCUUGUUUAGAUAUUAAGGAGAAGAUAAAUGGGAUUGUUCCUUAUCGUAAAAAACAAAAGGAAUGUUUUCUUUCUUUUCUAAUGAUGAAAAAUUAUAAGUUUCAACAUAUAGUUAACAUGAAAUCCUAUAGGUAAUCCUUAACUCUAAGAAAAAAUUAGAACUAAAAAUGGUUUAAUCAGAGGAUGAAAUAAACUAUGGAAAAAUGAUGACAUAUUUAUAAUAACAGUAUGAUCUUUUAAAGAAAUUGCUAAAUGAUGAUCUUAAACACUUUUAAAACAUCCUACUUCUAAUAUAAUAAAUGCCAAUCAUUAAAAAUAACUGUGUUGCAUAGGAAGUCAAAGAUUAUUUAAAUGAAUUAACAAGUUGUUUAAAUACUCAAGAUACAAAACUUUUUAAUAUUAGCUAAGUUUACAAGUAAAUUAAUAUUGUGAAUUAAGGGCAAAAUGCUUAAAAGAUAAAAGCAAGAUUAUCAAAUAAACUGAGUCCCUAGAUGAAAUUAUUUAUUCAAGAAAAGAACAUAGAAUAACUUCAAAUUUAACCAUUGCUUAGUAAUGAGCUACUUGAGAUACUUAAAAAAAUAAUUGAAUUUUUUAGCUGUUACCAUAAUAGUGAAUUAAAAGAUGAGAAUAUGAGUGAAGUGGCAUAAUUAAAAUUUAUUCUUUAAUCAUGGUGUAUGAUUUGUGAUCCAAAAAUAGAAAAUUCUCUAUACGAACUAAACAAUAUCACAAAUAAAGUAUAAAGUGAACCAAAAAAUGAUAUUGAAAAUGGAAUUUUUUUUAUAGGUGCAACAAAAUCAGGAAAAUCGACUAUUAUUAAUUCUCUACUUAAUCCAGAGAACAUUAUUUAGGAGGACUUUCUAUCUUAAAAAUGUUAUGGAGUUAAAUAGAAAACAAAAUUUACUAUUGGCAGCAGUGGAGCAAGUUAAACUUAGAAUAUCAAUGGGGUUUACAUUGGCAAAAAGUAAGAAUUGGAUUAAAUCUUUGAUUAAAAGGAACAAAAUGUUUUUAGUUAUGAAGAAAUACUCGACUAAGAAUAAAUGAAAAACUGUAAAAUCCCUUAAAAUUGGUUUAUUUUUGAUUGCCCAGGGUUUGAUGACAAUAUUAAUGAAUUAAUGAGAAUAUCUCAUAGAAUAAGCUUAUCCAAUUAUAUCAAAAAAACUAAAAAUAUCAUUGUUUAUUUUGUAAUUGAUUUUUCUCAAUAAUCAUUGUAAAAUAUUAAGAAUACUUUUGAUCCAAUAAUUUAACUUUUAAAAGACAAAAAUGACCUAGAAACUCAUUUUGAAAAAUGGACCAAUAUAGUUCUAACAAAAGCCGAAGAAGGAUAAAGAGAUUAAUUUAUAAAAAAUUGGGAGGUUGCUUAUGAGGGGCACUUAGAUGAUGAUUAUAGUUUUUAUAAAAAAUUAUUUGAAUAUCGAUCUAUAGAAUUCAAAAAGCAAUUGCCAAAUAUAAGAGAAUAUAUCUGCAAUUUAGCUGAUUAAAUUAUCAAGAUGUCAUAAUAGUAACUUGCAAAUCAAUAACAAUAUCAACCAAAAUUCCAAAAUAUCCUUGAUGAUAAAGUUUGGUCCCUCUUCGAACAUUGUAUCCCUAAAUUUAAUUCUAAGUUAGAUUCUAUUAUAGAUUUAUUAAUAAUGGAAGUGAAUUUUUUUGUUUUGGAAAGUAAUGUUGGUGUUUCGAAAAAAUAGUAGAAAAUAGAAAAAAUAAAGAGCAUUUUAACAUAGAAGGGCAAAGAAAUGAUUACGGUUAUAACAUCUAAAAACUGCAAAACAAUUCUUGAAGAACUAUCAGAAUGGACCAAGGAUAUUCGGGAUUUAAAAUAGGGCAAAACUUUCCUUUAAUAAUUUAUUGAUGAUUCGAAAUGUAUUUUAGAAAUAUCAAACUAAUGCCAAAAUACUAGUAUAGCACCAUUUGAAGUCAAAAUUGAUAAACUAGUUAUCAGGAUUAAAACAGCGAUUACUAGUAUUAAAAAAACUAUUUUAUAUUAUAACUGUUGGUCAUAUGGUGGCUAUGCCGUAAGUUUAAUAGCAGCACUAAUGAGUGGUGGUUCAUCCCUUGCGUUAUGUGAAGUUAAAGUUUUUGUAACUUUGGCUCGGAAAUUUUUAUUAACAAGAGGUAUAUUGUGGGGUAUAUCGUUAACUUCUGGUUCUGUAUCAUCAAUUAGUUUUAUUUAUGCUUUCAUAGAUAAAUGGAAAAAUGAUCAUUUGAGGAAGAUAUAUAAAGAAGCAUUAAAUAAAGAGAAUGAUAUAGGGAGGGCAUGAAAAAAU